GCGUUGGCGGGGCCAGAGGUCUGAGCCAGAGCUGGGAGCCCUGCAACAUGGAGUGCUGGCCAGUUCUGCUGCUCUGGGGUCUCCCCCAGAUAUGGGCAAGUCCGGAGGCUCUGCGCUCUCCCGGCCCCUCCGAUCACCACUUUCUGCCCGCGCCUCCGAGCAGCGCCCACCUCCGCUGCCUCCAGAUCUCGCCCUUUGCCAACAGCAGCUGGACGCGCACCGAUGGCUCCGCCUGGCUGGGGGCGCUGCAGACCCACUCUUGGAGCAAUGGCUCGGACAUCCACUUCCUGAGGCCCUGGUCCCAGGGCAAGUUAAGCGACCAUCAGUGGGAGCAGCUGCAGCAAGUGUUCUGGGUGUACCGGAGCGGCUUCACCAGGGAGAUCCGGGAAUUCGCCAAAAUGCUGCACUUGGACUAUCCCUUUGUGGUCCAGGUGUCCGCUGGGUGUGAGGUGCACCCUGGAAGCCCCCUAAAAAGCUUCUUCAACUCAGCAUUUCAAGGAAGCGAUUUAUUGAGUUUCCAGGGAACUUUUUGGGUGCCAGCCCCCGAUGCCCCACAUUGGGCCGAGGUGCUCAGCAACGAGUUCAACAAGGACCAAUACACCAGGGACACAGUAGAGUGGCUCAUCAGUGACAUUUGCCCCAAAUUAGUCACCGGACUCCUUGAAGCAGGACAGCAGGAUCUGGAGAAGCAAGUGAAGCCCGAGGCCUGGCUGUCCAGUGGCCCCCCUCCUGGCCCUGGCCGUCUGCUGCUGGUGUGCCACGUCUCAGGAUUCUACCCAGAGCCUGUGUGGGUGAGGUGGAUGCGGGGGCAGCAGGAGCAGCCGGGCGCUCAGCAAGGGGACGUCCUGCCCAAUGCUGACGAGACAUGGUAUCUCCGAGUGACCCUGGACGUGGCGGCUGGGGAGGCAGCUGGCCUGACCUGCCGAGUGAGACACAGCAGCCUUGGAGGCCAGGACAUCGUCCUCUACUGGGGUGAGAACUAGGGCCCCACAGGGAGGGGAUGUGGUUCUGAAGCACAGAGGGUGGGACAGGGAAGGGUGGGAGUGGACUGAUGCAGGACAGAGGGGUUUCAGAGAUAAGGCCCUGACCAGGACGGACAGAGGGAGGGCAUCCGGGUACAGGACAGAGGGGAAUAAAGAUCUCAAAUCAAAAGGCACUGAGGCAGGACGUUCCAUAUGAAGAAAAGUGAGACUAAAAUCCUCCCAGUUUCAGAAGUAGGCGGCACAUGAAGAAUCCCAGGAAGACUUAUUCCUCAGGAGAGGGGAUGGGAGCAGGAGAAGGCAGGGUACACAGGUAGCUGUGGUUCUCCGGCUGCUUCCCGUGUGUGGGCUGAGCACCCUGCACACAGCGUGCCAUCCAGUCACCGCUCCUCUGAAGCAAGUAUUAUUCUCACUUUAUAGAUGAGAACCUGAGGCUCAGCUAGGUCAAGUUACUGCCCACAGCCGCAUUGUUAAAAAGAGGAAAGCUGGGCUUAGACUCAGGACUGCCUCGCUGAGGAA